CUGAGAUAGAAGAACAUUUAGCGCCUCUAGCGGUGAGUUAGGUUACUGACCGUGCUCUUCCACUCGACUCGAGAGUAGGCAGUAUGCUGCUACUCCGCAGUGUUUGUGAAGCUCGAACAGAGGAAAGCAGUUGUAGCCUAGGCUACUGAAGCACACGCGAAAUUGAGAAGGAAAUUGUAACUACCCAUGAAAACAACACAGAAGUUAUGUCUGCUGUCUUAUCGAUGUCAAUUAUAGGCUACUUCGUUCAGAAGUAACAUUUGGAUUAUGUUUGAGGCUACUGGAGAACUGUAAGAACAGCGGCGUUGGAACGAUGAUGAUGAGAACAGGUGUGGAAAAACCCCCUUUGGCACCCAAGCCAAAAGCCAUUCAAAAGACACAAAAACCAAAACCACCACCUAUAGCACCUAAGCCAGGUGUACUUUCACAGCCUUCUUCAGUGGAGAAAAGAACAGAGAAGCCACCAAUUGCACCUAAACCAUGCCUUCCCCAAAAUACCCACACAUCCGCACAUGAGAAACCUCCAGUUCUGAGGACAAAUGGUCCUCUCUUAGCACAACAGAAAUUAGGGACCACUAGUAAUGUGGGUUUGCUCAAUUCAAGGAAUGGUAUACAUCUGGGGCCAAAGAAACGUGAAUGGGAUUACAUAAUUCCAAUUUGUGUCUGCAGUCGGGACGAUUGUCCACAAUGCAAGCCAAAGGAGGACAGCAAACAAGCUAUAACAAAUCCAGGAAAAGACCAGGGAAACAAGCAAAAUGAAGGCUUCAAGAAGCUUGUACCAAGAUGUCGAACAAAAUUUGACAUAGAGCCUGACAUGGCAGAAACCAAGAACGGCCUUAUCAGCACUUGGAUUCCAAAUAGCUCACCGCUUGAGAGUCUCCGUAGCAACAGUAGUUCCGUGCGAAGGGCUCAGGAAGUGAUGGCGGAGCAGAGCAGCCCUGUCGAGAGGCUUGAUGACCGUAACGCUGCUCACAGGAACUCCACGUUCAGAACUAGACGCACUCCUCUUCAGAGGACCUGGAGCGAUGAGGUCAACGGCAACACUCACUGUCAACCUUCAAGGACCUCUGCAGAGCCCUCAGACAGCCACAGAUUAGACGGGAACCAAAUCAGAGACUCCACAGGGAUCACCCCCUCAAUCCCAGCAGCCCCCCAGAAGCCCCUACCUACUCCAGCGCCCCGCAGGCCGAGGGCAGAGACCCCAGUACACCAGGGGGACACUAAAAUGUGCAAAGCUGACAUGAGAACAUCUAGUGGUAUGAAUCUCACUGAGACAAUGACUGAUGCAGUGAACAUCACUGCAGUUUCUAGUGAAAACACCUCCUUAUAUGAAUCUGUUGAAACAGGCUAUGUGGAUUUGCACAUGCCAGUUCCUAUUCCGAGACAGAAAACAGGAAACCUGGAAAAGCCUGCUCCGUUUGGCCGGACGGAGCUCGCAAACGUGGCAGAGUAUUUCUAUAAAGCAACGGAAUUCUCAGUAGAUGCUGAUGACGGUGACGUUGAGAACAGUGAGAGUCCAUGCACAGUUAUCCAACCUAAACAGCUGAAGCUUACCAAUCAACUCACUGUGGCAACAAGGGUAAGGUCAGAAAAUGGAAAGCCACCAAUAACAUCCCCAGAAAAGCAACAUAGACAGCACUUCCCUACUGUCACAUCUCAGAGCACAAAGAAAGAGGAGAACACCUUGGGAAUAGCUAAAGACAAUCAGAGCUAUCUUAAUCCUGCUCCAAAAGAACUGGACAAUACAAAGAAGUCAGUUGGAAAGCAAGUUUCUAAUUCCAGCCCUGGCAACACAAAGGGGAAGCUGUUUGGUCAAAGCCUGAGGCCAAAAGCCAAGUCUUUCACAUCCGUGGAUCUGCUUCGCCCUGAUGGAAGCAGAAAAAUCUCUUUCCGGAAGUUUCUGGACAUUAAUAUUUCUGUGAAAAAGCUGCCCAAACUUUUGACCAAACGGGGACAGGCCACUGAUUGCAUGUCAGUGGAAAUGGAAGAGUCUGUGGAUGGGGACGAGGAGAGAGAGGGAGCCCCCGCUGGGAAGGCCAGACCUCCCGCGAAUCGGAAGCUGUCCUGUCCAGUGAUCGGCAUGGAGCAGAGUGUGGACGGAGAGGACAUCUUCCCUGGGGCAGAAGCUGCAGUGGAGUACGAGAACUUCCCAAUCUAUGAGGAUAUUCCAGAUUACAUGAACCUUCCAGGCUCAAGUGCGUUGGCUCCCUCGACAGCCCCAGACUCGUGGCAGAGCUCCUCCUGGCCGGAUGAGGAGAACAUCUAUGAGGAGCAGGAUCCUUAUGAGCUGAUAGGAGAGUACGCUGAUGACACACAACAGCACAACGGAUACGAGAGGGCCAGGAUUGAGGAGGAUGUGGGUCAGGGUUAUGGGCACUCUGAAGAGGAGAUCUGCCACAGUUCAGAGGAUGAGGAUGAUCGGAGCACAAGCUCAAGCCAAGGGGAUCAUGAAGGUUCUGAACACAAUCAUCAUGUUGGAGAAACCAAGAAGAGCAAAGUGGUUCAUAUCGCCAGAGAAAUAAUGAGUUCAGAAAAAGUGUUUGUGGAUGUUCUGAAGCUUCUUCAUAUUGACUUUCGAGAUGCAGUGGCCAAGGUCUCUCAGCAGGCAGGAAAGCCUGUGAUUGAGGAGCGCAACCUGAAUCAGAUCCUGUACUACCUCCCACAGUUAUAUGAGCUCAACCAGGACCUGCUUAAAGAGCUGGAGGACCGGGUAGCCCAAUGGGAUCAGUAUUCCCAGUUAGCCGACAUCUUUGUUAAGAAAGGGCCAUAUCUAAAGAUGUACUCCACGUAUAUCCGCGAGUUCGACAAGAAUGUGGCCCUACUAGAUGAGCAGUGUCGGAAGAACCCAAGCUUCGCCGCAGCUGUGAGGGAAUUUGAAGCAAGCCCUCGUUGUGCCAACUUAGCACUGAGGCAUUACCUACUGAAACCCAUUCAGAGGAUACCUCAAUACCAGCUAUUACUAACAGAUUACUUAAAGAAUCUCACAGAAGACUCAACAGACUACAAAGACACCCAAGCUGCUUUAAGUAUUGUUAAGGAGGUAGCCAAUCACGCCAACGACAUCAUGAAACAAGGGGAUAACUUUCAGAAACUCAUCGAAGUUCAGUGCAGGCUAACUGGGCACCAUGAGAUUGUUCAGCCGGGCAGGGUGUUCCUGAAAGAGGGAAUUCUGAUGAAGCUCUCGCGGAAAGUCAUGCAACCACGAAUGUUUUUCCUGUUCAACGAUGCCUUGCUGUACACAACUCCGGUCCAGUCGGGGCAGUUCAAGUUGAACAACAUGCUUUCUCUAGCAGGAAUGAAGGUCACUAGACCCAGUCAGGAGGGUUACCAAAAUGAACUCAACAUCGAGAGUGUUGAGCGCUCUUUCAUUCUAUCAGCAAGCUCCGAAUCAGAACGGGAUGCCUGGUUAGAGGCCAUCUCUACAGCCAUCGGUGAAUAUACCAAGAAGAUGAUCACUUUCAUUUCAAGCAGAUAUCAGGAAGAGGGGGAGGGAGAUGCCUCUGGGGCCUCCCUGGGCUCUAAAGCCCCCAUCUGGAUCCCAGACCCGCGCACCACCAUGUGUAUGAUCUGCACCUGCGAGUUCACGCUCACCUGGAGGCGACACCACUGCAGGGCCUGCGGGAAGGUGGUGUGUCAGACUUGUUCAAAUAACAAGCAUCAGCUCGAGUACUUGAAGAACCAACCCGCUCGUGUGUGUGAUCAGUGCUUUGUCUCUCUACAGAAGAGGACAGCAGAACUGACCCUCGGCACAGGUGGCCAGGCGCAAAGCAAUGCCUCUUCAACUGGCAAAUCUGCCGCCUUCCCCUUCAGGAAGCAUAAGAGGAUCCCUGCAGCUCUCAAAGAGGUGUCCGCAAACACAGAUGUCUCAUCUAUGAGUGGCUACCUUGAAAGGUCAAAGGGUAACAAGAAGCAAUGGAAAAGGUUUUGGUUUGUCAUCAAGGAUAAAGUCCUAUACACAUAUGCUGCUAGUGAGGAUGUUGCCGCUCUUGAGAGUCAGCCUCUUCUGGGCUUCAAGCUGAGGACGGAGGAGAGGGCUGGCACCACACAGACCCUGCAGUUCAAGCUCUAUCAUAAAGACACCCUCCAUCACAUGUUUAAAGCAGAUGACACCCAUGCUUUGCAGAGAUGGACAGAAGCUUUCCAAAAAGCCAUGGUCCUGUGACCUUAGACAAUCCAUGAGUCUUGGAUUCUCAGGCUCUUUAUUGUGUGAAUCAGUAAAUGGACAUAGCAUGGAUGCAACACAAAUACUGACCGCAAAGAGAACCUUCCAAGAGUCGGCUGAAGUUCUCCUGAAGCAUCCCAUAAACAAAUAGGUUUAAAGUGGGAACUGCCAAAUAUAUUUUCUGUAGUUUUCAGUGACUGCUUCAUAGAUGAAUGCAGUGGACUCAUGAAACCAUGCAUUUGAUGGGCUAUGCAAUGUAAUUAAUGAAAUGAUUUUAAUGUAUGAAAACAUUUUUUACCACCCUUUGAUAAGCAGGCUAACUUUUAUCUCACCAUAUACAUUCUGUAAAACUUGUUUUUAAAAUAAACUAUGCUAUUUUAGUAUUUAUGGUUCAGACAUAAGAUAAUAUAUUUUCUAAUACCGAGAAAACAAAGUACUAAACUAUCUGGAGAUCUUAACAGGAACUGACACAAAGUCUUGUCUCUACCUGUGUAACAUACUGUUUAAAGCCUCUGUUCUUUAUUGUUGGAAAUGGUUGAAGAUGGAUCAGAAUGUUUAGUUAGUUAAGCUGUCAUAUAAUACAGGGUGAUUCUAGUUAAAUGGCCAUUUCCUUCACCACUAGGUGAGAAGUGGACUUCCAUGUUAGAUUAUUGUGGUAAUAAAUGACUCUGUUUUUCUCAAGUCUUUAGAGAGCACUUGAGAUUCACCACAAGGCAGGUUUAUCCUUUCAUGUAGGCUAAGCCUAUAUGGCCCACCCUUCCCUUGUUCAUAUGCACUGUAAAUAUUGUCAAUAUUUAUUUAACUUGUUUAAUGUCUUGCCUUGUUUUGCAUUUGGUGCAGAUAACUCUGCACAUCAUGGAAAAGUGACGAUUCAUAUAAAAAAUAUAUAAAAAUG